AUGCGUCACUCGUACAUCCAACGAUUAAAAGGUAAAUUGCAAAAUUAUGGUCACUUAAAUAUUGAUUUUAUGUCGUCUAUAGCUAAACUUCCUCAAUUAUUAAUAACAGUUCAAUUGCCUAAUGAAUACAUUGAUAUGUUAUCAAAUAAAUUUGACAUUGUCUAUCAUCAUAAUAAAUCAGAAUUAAUUGAACGCAAAUUAUUAUUGAAAUUAAUUGAUGAAAAUCAUGUAAAUGCUAUUUUAUUUACAGGUUUUGUUCAAAUAGAUAAAGAAUUAUUAGAAUAUUGUGGUAGUCAUUUAAAAGCUUUAUCAACUGUAUCUGUAGGAUAUGAUCAUAUUGAUGUUAAGGAAUGUCAAAAACGUCAUAUACCUAUAGGCUACGUACCAAAUGUAUCAACAAACUCAAUAGCUGAUUUAACUAUAGCAUUAUUAUUAGCCACAUCAAGACGACUUAUCGAAGGUAUAGAUAUAGUUAAACAAGAAAAUUGGAAUUGGAAUAUAACAUUUUUAUGCGGAAAAUCAUUAGAGAAUUCAACGGUUGGAAUUGUUGGAUUAGGAAGAAUAGGUAGUACAACGAUCAAAAGUAUGGCUGUAGCACGUCGUUUACAAUCAUUUGCUGUAAAACAAAUUUUAUAUUGUCGUAGUAGUUCAAAUGAAAAUCAACCUAAAAAGUUGGAUAAAGAUCUAAAUGAAAAUUUAUUUGAAUUAGUUGAAUUUAAACAAUUAUUAAAUCAAUCAGAUUUUGUUAUAAUAACAUGUUCAUUAAAUGAUUAUACAAGAAAUUUAUUUAAUUCAAAUACGUUUAAACAAAUGAAAUACGGUGAUUCUAUAUUAAUAAAUACAGCACGUGGCGGUAUUGUUGAUCAAAAUGCAUUAUAUGAUGCAUUAAUUAGUGGACAAAUAUUAGCUGCUGUGUGGAUUUGUCGCGGUUCGCCACUUCAACUUUGGCCAACGUUCGCCAAUAGAUGA